AUGGCUUCUAUACUAUUUUGUAGAAAUUGUGGCAAUUUGCUUAAUAAUAAUGGAGAGGACAUUAUUGAAUGCGAUUCAUGUACGAGCAAGCAUGUUGCUAUUGAAUUCGAUAAUGUUGUAAUUACCACAAGAAGUAAUAAAAAACAUUUUCCCUCAAAAUUACGUUUAAGACGUUCAAGAAUUAAAGAAUUUGAUAAAGAGGAGAGUGCUUCGAUUAAAGAAAAAUGUCCAAAAUGUGGACACGAAGAAAUGAAUUAUCAUACAAUGCAAUUACGUUCAGCUGAUGAAGUCACAAAUUUUCCAUAA